GUAGGGGCUAUAACGCUUCUGAUGCUGAACUUGCAUUGCUAGCUUACUUUUCUGGUCUCAUGGGAGGACAGACGAAUGAAUAAAGUGAUGCUUCAGCGUGUAGUCACUCUUUUCACAUCGUACUCAAGGAAUGACGUGUGUACGAAUUUCAAAAUCUGCUGCUGAAAAACACAUCAAAUAUUACUGGCAAGGUACUACACAAGUCAGAACAAACGCUGUUCCGAUCAUCUGCUUGACAAGGUCACAUCACUUAUUAUGGUUAUAUUACCUCAGAACUGAACAUUGCUUCCUCUUACAAACAAUAGCUUUUGGUGGCUGGAUGUCUUGUUUGCAGUGCCUGACUGCAUUUCCCUGGACAAAUUCCAUGUAUUAAGCAUGACAAGGAUAUAAAAGAUCCCCUGCCUGUUGGAUUGAAGAGCCGCUUUUCUAAUUUUGGAUGUUAAAAUAUUAGCAUUUCCUUAAUGUUGAAUGCUAAAAGCUUUUAUAAGGUUAUUUUGAUGUUUUUUUUUUUUUUUGAAACAAGGGCAAAGUUAUUUUGAUGUUACAAAACCUGAUUUGAGAGAUAGAUCCAUAGCUUGCCUUUAGCCUUUUCUUUUUACCUUUCUUUCCUUCUUGCCCAUCCUUGUGUUUACUCAUUUUUGGUCUGUUCUGCUGCUUAAUCACUUCCCUUUUCUACUUUCCCACUUUAAGCAUCUUCUCUUUGCUUGAUCAGAGAGUCAUGGAACCUGUCCUAUCAGGCAAUGAGUGAGUUAAUACAUGUACUUCACGUCAUUUCAGCAUUGGUGACCGAGGCUCUAGCCACCAUGGCAGGGCUUGGUAUUGGAGCACCGAUUGUGAAGGUGUACCAUGAGAAAUCUAUCAUCUUACCAGAUGUGUCAAGGGUGCUUGCAUGCCUGUAUGAGAAGGAUAUCAAGUUUCAGACGCACACAACCUCCUCUUUCAAGGGCCUACUCAGACUUCAGGCAUCGAGCCAUGUUCCAGUUCCAUUCGAUGAUGGACGUACAUUCCUAGAAGAAUCAAGAGAAAUCUGCCGCUAUAUAGCAGAAACUUAUGAACAUCAGGGAUAUCCAUUCCUCCUUGGGAAGGAUUCCCUUGAGAGGGCUUCCAUCGAGCAAUGGCUCCACCAUGAAGAGCAUAAUUUCAACCCUCCGAGCAGAUCCUUGUUCUGCCACUUGGCUUUUCCCCUUGCCGAAGAAGAUGAUGAUAUUGAUUUGCAGAAGAGAAAGCUAGAAGAAGUUCUGGAGGUAUAUGAGCAAAGGCUGGGUGACAGUGAAUUCCUUGCUGGGAACAAAUUCACUCUUGCUGACCUAGUACACCUGCCAAACUCCCACUACAUCACAGAAUCUGACAAGUUUGCCUACCUAUAUGACUCGAGGAAGAAUGUGCAGAGGUGGUGGAAUGCUAUUUCUACCCGGAAGUCUUGGCAGAAUGUGCUGAAGGAUAUACAGGUGGUGGAGCAGCAGCGCAAACAGGAGGAAUUUGAGAAGCAGCAGCAACGACAGUGGCUGAGAGAGCGUCCUCCAACCACCAGACGCAAGAUUCGUCUAGACCCUCGGAAGCAAACCAGCACAAAGCCUCAGACAAUAUUGGUUCCUUCUCCUGUCGGUAUCAUCUCAACAUCUCCCACGACUUCCCAAGUGGACAAGCCUCUUCCUACCAAAACUUUCCCUGAUGAGACACUAUCUACUCCUACUGCUCAUAAAUCUUCAUCUGUCCAAAGCAAACACACUACCGUUUUUACUACACAUCGAGAAACUCCAGCAGCCCCCAUCCAAAAUACUCCUAGACUUCCUGGAUAUUCACAUAUUCCUGUUGAAAGUACAAGCAACUCCUUUACCGCAGCCACUUCUCCUACCACUGCUGAAAAUCUCUCUAGAACCAGUGCUGAUAAGUCUAAAACUAGUGGUCUCUCACCUCCAUCUGAAGCCACUGAAAUAGACCUCCCUGAUAACUCCAAGCGAAGUUCAUCCAAAGAAGUAUCUCAUAACCUCCGUGUGUUUAAUUUCUACGAGGCAAGCAGCCAUACUGAUGAAGCAGAACCUUAUACUGAACCCGCUCCACAAAAAUCUUCAGAAAGGCUGGACAUGAUCUCUGGAACUGAUAGCCCCAGCAAUGCCACUGAUCAUGUCAAAACCAGUGCAAGAUCAGCCAAAGAAGAUACUGGUGCGUCAGAUUUCUGGAUUGACAACACAGCCACCAAUGCUGAUACCCUGGAUAAGAAAUCUGAUGGAUAUACGGAAACUAUUUAUGGUAGAUCUACUGAUCAGAGAGCUACAUAUACUUCUCCUGGGAAGCAUGGUUCAACUGAAGCUCAUCAGAAACUGCAGACUGAGGAGUGGCAUGGUACUGCAGCUGGUUUGAGUAAUCUAAAGGGAGAAACUGAUUAUUCAAUGCCUACUCAGCAAGUAAAACCUGGCAAAGAUGUGCAUCAUGGCCCAUCACAAGAUUUAGAGCAAAUAAUCACUCAUCCUCUUGCUCAAGAACCAGUGAGCAUGGAUAGGCAACUGGUUCAAGGACCGGGAAUGACACCUCGAACACCAUACACUGAUCAGAAAAACGAUGUUUCUUCUAUGCUUUGGCAAAAAACUGCUGAUGUUCGAGGAAUAGCUGAGGAGGACAAAGCAUCCUCUGACAAUACAGAUGCUGUACUGCCCUCUUAUGCACGAAAACAUGCUGAGGAAGCGAAGAUUGUCUCUGCUGACCACAGAAAAGAAGCUUCGAUCCCAAAGCGUGUAAAAGAUGAAGAUACUCAAGCUAUACCAUUCCAAACAGCAUAUGAUGAUGCUCAUGAUAUCGCCCAGGAAGCAAGAGAAACUGCAUCUGCACCAAGGCGGAGGACUCAAGAUGCAUAUGAUACCUCUGAAGUAAUAGAAACCUACCACUCUUCAUCAUCUAGACCACAACCUAUCAAUGUUCCACAGCAUGCUGCUCCUCCAUCCAAGCAAGCAGCAUCUAAAGGCCCUCGACGUGCAACCACACCAUACCCAGCUGCUCAAGAAUUCAUCAAGCAAGGUAGGGAAAGUCCUGCAUCAAGGUCAAAAGUACCCCGUGUUACCCAAGGCAGCACUGAAGAAGAGACUGGGGAAUCUUCAGCAUCCAAAGCACAUCCAUCGGGUUCUCGCCUGACUGAUGCUCGUCCACCGAAGGAAUUUUUGGAUGAAGAUCAUUAUGGUUCAGUUGCACCAUUGCAAACAGGAUAUGCAGAUGACCCAUAUAAUAGGAAGCGAGAUAGAGACGCUGCUGCUCCAAAGGAGAUGAUAUCUCAAGAUGCCUUUGAAGAAAUGAAGAUGACUGAUUCUGCACCAUUUGAAGCACAAACAUUCGAUCAUCAACGAGCUGAUGUUCCUCCACAAAAACAACGACCAGCUGAAGAUGUUCAAACUACUGCUUCACCAUGGAAGACAAGAUAUUCUGCGGGUGAAGAUACCACUAAACAUUCUAAAGAUGCUGCUUCUAGGCCAGGGCGAAUGGCGGCUCAAGAAGUUCUGGACAACUUUAAAGAAACUAAGGCUGGUGAUUCCUUGUCUACCAGAGAACCACCUUCAGAUACUUGGCGAGCUCAUCCUGCUCUCCCAAGGCAUCAAGUAGCUGAUGAUCACAGCACAACAGCACCAACCCAAAAGAGAUAUCCUGGCACAAGAGGAACCAUCAAGGAAGUGGAAGACAUCACUUCUAUGCCACAACGAAUGGCAGGUGAAGAUGCUAAAGAAGCAUUGGAAGAAACAAAGUUUGCUGAGGCCGCAUCACCCGAAGCUCAACCUUUGUAUUACCAGGGAACUGAUGCUCCUUCGCGUAAGUUUAGAGCACAACCUAAAGAUGCUUGGCGAGCUCCAACUACUCCAUCAAAGCAAGCAGCUGAAGAUGCUCUUAGUGUGAGCCGAUCAUCCCCCAAAAGAUAUCCAAGAGCUGAAGAAACCAACAAGCAACCUAGAGGCGCUGCUUCUAAACCAACACAUAUAGCAGCUGAAGAUGCUAGGAAUGUCUUUACGGAGUCAAAGGUUGCUGAUUCCACACCAACCAUAGAGCAACCUUCAGAUGCUCGAGCGGCUGCUUCCUUCCAAAAGCAAGAAAUUCCUGAUGCUCGUAACACAAGUGCAUCAUUCCAAAAGACAUACCCUGAUGUCAAAGGUGCCACCAAGAAAUCAAAAGUUACCUUUGAAGAAACAGAAAGUCCUGAUUCUGCAUCAUCACGAGUGCAACCUUCGGAUACUUGGAGAGAUUAUGCUCCAUCUUGGAAGAAAGAAGCAACGGAAGCUCCUCGUGCAACUUCACCAUUCAAAAAGAGAGACUCCGAUGUUGAAGACACCGCCAAACACUCCGGUGGUGCUCCGAAGCCAAGGCAAAUGGUGGGUCAAGAUACUCAAGGCAUCUAUGAAGAAACAAAGGCCAGUGAUUUUGGGUUGCCCAGAGAACAAUCUUCAGAUACUUGGCAAGCUACAAAUACUCCAAAGGAGAAAGUAGCAACUGAAGAUGGUCCUGGCCGGACUCCACAAUCUGAAAGAAAUGGUCCAAGUGAUGAAGACACCACCACACGACCUAGAGGCAACGCUUCAGCACCUAGGCGGCCAACUGCUGGAGAUGCUAGUGGCACAUUUCAAGAGUCAAAGCCUGUUGAUUCCAUGUCAUAUAGGGAGCAACCUUUGAGUGCUCGGCGGCCAGUUGUUACUCCAUCAAGACAAGAGACUGAAGAUUCUCUUAGCAAAAUUUCAGCAUUCCACAAGACUCGUCCUUUUGUUGAAGAUAGCACUAGGCCAGCUGUAGACACUGUUUUUGGGCCAAGGCAAGUUGGGGCUGAAGAUACUAAAGACAUCACUGAAGAAACAAAGGUUCCUGAUUCUGCAUCAUCUGUUGGAGUAAGACCUACUUUCACUCCGCGAAAUGCUCGUCCUCUGUCAGAGCAAGCAGAGGUGGAAGAAGAUGCUCGGGACAAAGACAGAGAAGGUAGACAAACUUUUUCUGCACCAAAGAAAAUGGUGUCCAGAGAUUCUGAAGACACAUAUGGAGAAAGGAAGACUCCGCAUUCUUCGUCCACAGAGCAAUUUUUGGAUAAUCUGCAAACUAGUUCUCCAUUAAAGCAGGCAGCGGAUGAAUUUUCCCAUGGUGCUAAUAGGGGAGCCAGAGAGUCGCUUGUUGACGAGACAGAACAUUCUCAAGGUGUCAAAGGCGCCAGCAAGAAACCAGCUGUUACCUUUGAAGAAACAAAAACUCCUGAUUCUGCAUCAUCACGAGUGCACCCUUCGGACUCUCAGAGAGAUUUUGCUCCAUCCUGGAAGAAAGAAGCAAUGGAAGCUCCUCGUGUAACUUCACCAUUCAGAAAGAGACACUCCGAUGUUGAAGACACAGCCAAACACUCCCGGGACAAUGCUUUUGAGCCAAUGCAAAUGGCCGGUCAAGAUACUCAAGGAACUUAUGAAGAAACAAAUGCCAGUGAUUUUGGCUUGCUUCAAGAACAAUCUUCGGAUACUCGGCAAGCUGAAACUAGUCCAACAGAGAAACUAGCAACUGAAGAUGGUCCCGGUGAAACUCCAACAUCUGAAAGAAAUGCUCCAAAUGAUGAAGACACCACCACGCGAUCUAGAGACACUGCUUCAGCACCUAGGCAGACAACUACUGGAGAUUCUGGUGGUGCAUUUCAAGAUUCAAAGCCUGCUGAUUCAGUAUCAUCUAUGGAGCAGCCUUUGAGUGCUUGGCAACCAGAUGUUGCUCCAUCAAGACAAGAAACUGAAGAUUCUCAUAGCAAAAUUUCAGCAUUCCACAAGACUCGUCCUUUUGUUGAAGAUAGGAGUAGGCAAGGUGUAGACACUGUUUUAGGGCCAAGCAAAAUUGGAGCUGAAGAUGCUAAAGACAGCACUGAAGAAACAGAGGUUGCUGAUUCUGCACCAUCUAUCAGAGCAAGACCUACUUACACCCCACGAACUGCUCGUCCUCUGUCAGAGCAAGCAGAAGCGGAAGAAGAUGCGCAGAACAAGGGCACAGAAGGUAGAGAAACAUUUUCUGCACCAAAGAAAACGGUGUCCAGGGCUGCUGAAGACACAUAUGGAGAAAGAAAGACUCCCCAUUCUGGGCCCACCGAGCAACUUUUGGAUAAUCUGCAAACUAGUUCUCCAUUAAAGCAGGCAGCAGCUGAAGAUUCCCAUGGUGCUACUAGGGGAGCCAAAGAGUCGCUCGUUGAUGAGACAAAGCAUUCUCAGGGUGUUGAAGGUGCCCGCAAGAAACCUGUAGGCACCUUUGAAGAAACAAAAGACCCUGGCUCCAGAUUGGCCACAACACAACCUGUGAGUGUACAAGAUGCUCAAAACACUGAUAGAUCAUCUAAAAUACCAACUGCUGAGCAAUGGAAAGAUGCUCCAACACAACUCCGGUCAAAUCUUCAAGAUGAAGCGAAAUCAUCAUCUGCCCGUCAGAAAGGUUUGGGAUCCUCACCAUCACAGUCAGAAGCUGCAGAUGAUAAUCAGGCCAUCAUGGGCGAAAAAGUAUUUUCAUCUGAGCAGCUUAGGAAGAUGCCCAAGGAAAGUCGAUCAGCAUCAUCCAAAGCACAACCUGCAGAUUCUCGGAGCCUUACCAAGGUGGAGAGAACGCCUUCUGUUUAUCAGGAGGACCAUCUGGUUGCACCAGACAGCCGUAAGCAACCUCAAACCCUCCCAACUUCUGUGAGAGCAGAUGGCUCUACACCAAAGCGUCAACAAGCUCCCGCCAUUCCAUCUACUUCUGAAGAGAAAUCAACUCCUCCAACUCCACCCAGAGCAAAAGCUCACAGUGACCAUACUACUGAACAGCCAGUUAAAAGAGACACUGUUGAUGAUCCAAAAGGGGCAGCACUCCUAUCAGGCCGAGAACCAACUUCCCAAGUCCAACGUGCCACUGAACCAACUCCUGAUGGAGAUAUGUCUAGCAAACCAUCCACCAUUGAUAAAUGGCGACUUGCAUCUGCGCCAAUACAAGGUGUAACUCCUAAUUCUGGUGAUGAUGUGCUGGGUGUGCCUACCAUUGAUCAGAAGCCAACACCAAUGAGUCAACAAUCGGUACCCAGUGCUCAGGUUGCCAAUGAGAUUGUCAAAAGAGAACAAAGAAUGAUACCAUCUGCACCAGCAGGAGCUCAAACACCUGAAGUUCAGCAUGCUCCACCAGCAUUCGCUGGAGCUGACAUGGCUGAAAGAGAUGGAGAGCCAGUACAAAUGCAAGCACCAACCCUGCAUGCUCGUCGUCCUUCAGUGCCUACCAGAAGAGCAACUCCUAAUGCUCGUGACACUGGUGACAAUGAGUUCGCUAGCACAUCUGAUGCCCAAAGAUGGAAGGCCUUGAAAGCUAAACAUGAUUCAGCCAUGAUUGAUGAAGAUGUCCCAGAUGCCAGUUUGUCGACUCAUGAUGCUAGUGAAGCUCAAGUUUCAGACACUCUGCCCGGUUCAACAGCAACCCCCAUACCUACCAGUGGUGAUAAGCUUGUCAAAAGAUUAGCACCUGAUCAAGGGGCAAAACAACCUGAAUCAACUCAAGCAGAAACACCUUUUGAUGCUCCAGGUGACUCUGUAUCACCCCAAGGUGAACCUAGUGAUGCCUUGGACGAAACCAAAAUUGCCAAGCCAUCCUCAACUGAAGGCAUGGGACCUAAAGCUGGAUCAGCUUCAACUUUGGAGGCCCAACUUGCUGAACAUAAAUUUGCUCCAGCAGAUAAAAAAUCAGCUCGUGCUGCACAACCCCUGUCCUCUGUUGAAACAAGGAAAGAAGAUUCUAGUGUUUCUGCAGCUGAUCAAACUAAGAAACCACAGACAAUGUUUCGUCAAGAAUCAAGGCCAUCUACACCAAUCACAAAACAAGUACCACCCUCAAAUGCCUACCAUGAUACAAGGAAAAUCCAGCAAGUCACUCUUGAUAAUCUUCCUAUGGAUGAUUCACCAACACGACAUGUUCCAAGUUAUGAACAAGCUUCCCAUACACCACAAACAAUCAUUAGUGAAAGAGACAUGACACGUGCACCAGACACAAGUGACUCUCCAGCUUCAAAUACCCAAAUCGCUUCAGCGAAAUUGCAGGAAGCCAUUCCUGAUAAUUAUCGCCCUGAUGAGUUAACAGUGCCAUCUCCCUCAAGUGAAAAACAAGGUUCCUAUGCUGCACCCUAUACUGAACCGCAUGAAGGACCAUCUCACGAUGUUCACGGUGCUGCAGAUGACAAGGACAUAACUAAAUAUCCAUCUAAGCAAGCACCAGUUUUAGAACAUAAGCCUGAGACAUCAGCCGAAAGUUAUGUCCGUCCCACCAGCAGUGAUGAGCCAGGAAUCUCGCCUGGUCAGGGUGCAGAAUCACCUACAGCAGCUCAAGCAACAAAUUCUGAGGAUCGACAUAAUGAAGUAUUUCCUGCUGAAAAGAAAUUCACCGUCUCAGAUCAAGAUUCAGUUCAUUCUGUCCAACAACAUUCCCCAGCUGAGACCAGGAAAGGACAGACCAUUGUUGCUGCAGCUGAACAGACACUGCCAACAAACAUUGGGCAGCAACACACACGCAACAUAAGAGAUGAUCCAAACUCAUAUUUUAUGCCCGCCAAAGAACCUUCUGAUGCUCAAAGUGUUAGACCUGACGAAGUAGUCCUUGCUGAACAGAAAUUCGCCUCAUCAGAUCAAGAUACACAACUGACAUCCUCUGUUGAGCCAAGGAAUGAAGAGAUUAGAAAUUCAACUCGUUCUGCACAACCACUUUUCUCUGCUGAAGAUUAUCAAACCAAGGAUCCACAAACAACUAUUGGUCAACAAGACAUAGCGCCUAUACCAGGACCAUCAAAAUCUCCAUCCUCAGGGCAAUUUCAGGAGGUUGCUCCUGAUGAUAAUCGCACUGUUGAGUCACUUCCAAACCAAGGACAGAUCUCUCGCGCUAAACCUUCUUUUGUACUCUCUGAAGGCCCAACCCAUGAUUCUCAUAAUGACAUCGAUAAAAAUACCAUGAAACUACCAUCUAGCCAACCACAAAGCUCAGACCCAAGACCUGAUCCCACACAAAACCGCAGUGAUGAGGCUCCCACAAAACAACAUGCAGAAACUCAAGCACCACCACCUCUCGUGGGUCCAUAUGACUCUAAAUCCAGCCAAAAUGUAACUUCUGAUACCUUAGGCAAAGCCGAGUCACCAGAACCAUCAUCUAUAGAUCAAGAAGCUAUGAGUUCAGCAUUAACUCCUGACACUCAUCUUGGUAGUGCACCACGGGAAGUAACUCCUGCCGGACAGAAGUUACUCUUGAAAGAUCAAGAUUCUGCCCAUCCCACAGAAAAGUCUUCCUCAAGUGAACCAGCAAAAGAACAGACUAUUUUUGAUGCACCUAAUGAAGCCAAGACGUCACCGACAAUCUUCAGUCAACAAGACAUAGCUCUUGCACAAACCAAGAUGAAAGAUCCAUCUUCAGGUUCACAAUAUGUUCCACAGAGGCUUCAGGAAAUCACUCCCGAGGAUCAACGUACCACUGGGUCGACUCCAAUGCAACAAGUUCCUCAUUUUGAACACAUUUCUAAACCUAAUGAUGGACCAACUCCUGAUCCGCAUGGUGCCUUUGUCAAAGAACCAAUGGCACAUACAACAAGCCCGACACCACAUGUCCAAUAUGGUAUGGCGCCAACUGGAUUAUCCCCUAAUGAAGAGAAACCUGACAUAUCAGAUAAAGAUUCAGAGCGUCAAACACAGCUGCGUUCCUCUGCUGAAUCAAGGAAAGAAGAGGGAGAUGUCGAUGCAUCUGAUCAAACCAUCAUGCCUGCACCACGCACAGGUGAAUCUUUAGGGGAAGUUCUGGAAGUUAGUCCUGACACUCAUCAAUCCAGUGAGUUGACUAGACCAACUAUACCGAGCCGUAAACAAGAUUCACAUGAAGGUCCAAAUCCUGAUGCACAUCGUGCUGUUCCUGAUGAAAACAGACAGCCACCUCUGGUCAGCCAAGCACACACUUUAGAAACUGGACUUAAUUCUGCACCAUUCAGUGAUGAUGUUAUUCCUACCAGUGGUGACGAGUCAGUCGCGGGACUUACAAAUGAACACAAGAAGCAGACACAGGAAGCAUUUCAAGCACCUCUACCUCCCGAGGCUCUAUAUGACUCCAUAUAUCCUAAAAAUGAAGUUGGGCCUCUGAAAGCAACUGGUAAAGUAACCCCUGCUGAUCAAAGGAUAGCUCCGUCAGAACCACUUCCGGUUGAGAUGAGAAAAGAGUCUACUGGUGCUGAAUCUGAAGAAAGCAAAGUGUAUCAACCAGUUACUGGCCAGAAAGACAUUAGGCAUGCACCGGGUAUUUCAGAAAGUGUCCUUGAUGAUGAUCGCAACAAGGAACCAGCUUCAAGGGAAGAACAUGUUCCUCAUGAUCAAAGUGCUUCUGAACCACGUGAAGGACCACCUCCCAGUGUGCAUGGAGGCUCUCUCGACGAGAAGACAACUCCACCUUCAAGUAAAGCACAUAGUUCAGAUCCAAGGAUUGAUGCUCUACCAAAGAGUGUUGAUGUUAAUCCUAGCAGUGGCGAACAGUCAACUACACGAUCUUUACUUGGUCAUGGACUAACUAGGUCACCACCACUUCAUGAAUCUCUAGUCUACCCUGAAUCCAACGAGGAUGUACCUGAGUUUUUGAAACCACCCUCUGCUAAUGAAGAUGUCAUGUCACCUAAAGUAGCCCCAGCAUCAGCAUCAGAUACCAUGCUUGGUACAACAUCCGAUGAAAUAGCUCCUGACAGACUAAACUUGCCUUUGCCAGCUCAAGAGUUAGCUCGUUCUGCACAACAGCCUCUCUCUGUUGAGCCAACAAAAGAAAAAGGUAUUGUUACUUCAUCCGAUCAAACCGAUGAGUCACGGACAAUAAUUGGUCAAGGAAGAGUAACUCCUUCCACAAACAAAGAAAAAACUCCUUUCGAUCUUCAAGGCAGUGAAUUAGCAAAACCACCUAAUGAGGACCAACAAGUUCGUGCUGGAAGUGCUUAUGAAGAGCAUGAAGGACCAAACCGCGACGCACGUGGUGCUGUUGAUGAAAAGGUGCCACAUCCAUCUAGCCAAGCAGGAAGCUCAGACAGUGUGCCUGAUUCAGCAACAAUCAGUGGUGAUACCCAUCGUACAAGUGUUGAUGUGCCUGAUCAAGAACUCUUGACACCUAUAUCUGAAGAAAAACCAAAGCAGCAGCAGAAAAUUGGUCGGUCCAGCACUAGAUCAUCCGAAGAUGACAGCAUAGAAGCCCGUAGAACUGCAAACCCUAACAUCUUAACAAGAUCUGGAAAUAUACAACAGCCACCAGUCAAGGAAAGCAUGCAGGAAGCUCAAGUAUCCAGAAACCAACAACAUGCUGACCAAGCUGUCUCUCAAUCAACACAGGAAAAUGAAAUGCAAAUUAAAGAAACAGAGGCACAAGGCAAUGGAUCUGAUGAGCCUGAAGAUUCAGCACCAAUCAGUGGUACAAGUAGUGAUGGUCCAACCACAAGUUCUUUACCUGAUUCAGAGUCACAACCUCCAACAGGAACUCUGAAUGUACCUGCUGUUUUCUUGGAAAAGAUAGAGCCACCAAGACGACCUAUGACUAGCCCAGCACCAGCUCCUGAUACUCAGCAAGGUACAGAUCCAGUUCAGCAACCGCGUGAAGCUUCCUUUGAUUUGUCCAGCGAUGGGAAACCCACUAUGAUCAGAGGUAAGCAGGCCAACACAGUAUCAAAUGUCAGUCUCUCAGCCAGCCAAGCAGUUGGUCUAUCUGAAAAUAGUGCAGUUAAAAGACCGUUCUCUGAGGAGUCAGUUGAAACAACAUUACCGGCGGAAAAAUCGAAGCAGAAGCAGCAAACUGACCAAUCCAGCACUAGGUCAUCUAAUGAUCACAGUGUAGAAGCUAGUGGAACAACAAACCCUAACAUCUUAACAACUGGAGAUUUACAGCCUUCACCACUCAAGGACAUCAUGCAUGCAACUGAAGGAUCUAGAAACCAAGAACAGGCUGAAGAGGCUGUGUUUCAGUUGACACCGGACAACGAAAAGCAAAUUCAAGCAAAUGUGGCACAAGAAAUUAGAUCUUACAGGCCCGAAGAUAUUAGGCCUGAUUCAGCACCAGCCAGUGGUGAUGCUCGCCCUACAAGUGGUGAUGUGCCAGCCACAAGUUCCUUACGCGAUUCACAGGAACAGACUCCUACAGGAACUAUGAAUGCACCUGCUGUUUUCUUGGAAAAGAUGGAGCCACCAAGAGUACCCUCCACCGAUGAAGAACUCAUGGCAUCCAAGACUAGCCCAGCACCAGGUCCAGAUGCUCCGCAAGAUCUAGAUUCAACUCGUUCUCCACAGUUGCCUCCCUCGGUCAUAUCAAGGAAAGAUGUUGCUAAUGCUGAUCGAACCAAUGUAUCACAAGCAGGCCUGAGAGAGCCGGUUACUUCAGAUGUUACACGCCCUUCAGUGGAAACACAAGAAAUUAGCCCUGAUGCUAAUCUCGCCAAGUCAAAGAAACCAGUUCUUCCUAUUGAAGGUUCAAAUCCAGUACAGACUGCACAUGAAGCUUCCUUCGAUUCAUCAAGCGUUGAGAAACCCAAUAUGAUAAAAGGUGAGAAGGCUAACACAAUAUCAAAUGUCAGUCUCUCAGCCAGCCAACCAGUUGGCCAAUCAGAAAAUAGUGCGGUUAAAGGACCACUCCCUGGAGAUUUAGUAUCAUCAUUUUCACAAAAGAACCUUGAAAGAACCUUACCUCAAGAAAAAUCGAAGCAGCAUCAGCAAACGGACCAGCCCAUCACUAGAUCAUCUACAGAUGACACCAUAGAAGCCAGUGGAAUCAGAAGCCCUAACAUCUUAAUGACAUCUGGAGAUGUACGACCAUCACCACCCAAGGAAAACAUGCAGGCGGCUCAAGGAUCCAGAAACCAGGAACAGACUGGCCAAACUGUUUUUCAGUCAAUAGAGGACACCGGAAAGCAAAUUGAAGAAACUGAGGCACAAAACAAUGGAUCUGACGAGCCCAAAAGGAUUAGGCCUGAUUCAGCACCAAUCAGUGGUGAUGCUGGCCGUACAAUUGAUAAUGGGCCAGGUACAAGUUCUUUACGUGAUUCACGGGCACAGCCUCCUGCAGGAACUCUGAAUGUACCUGCUGUUUUCUUGGAAAAUCUUGAUUCACCAAGACUGCCCUCCACUGAUCAAGAAACCAUGACAUCUAUGACUAACCCAGCACCAGAUGCCCGGCAAGGUACCGCACCACGUGAAGCAGCCACUGAUAAAGACUCAACUCAAUCUCCACAGUUGUCUUCCUCUGUCGUAUCAAGGAAAGAUGUUGCUAAUGCUGAUCAAACCAAUGUACCACAAGCAGGCUUGAGAGAGCCCGCAAGUUCAGAUACUGCACGCCCUUCAGUGGAAAGACAAGAAAUUAGCUCCGACGCUAAUCUCGCCAAGCCAGCGAAACCACUUCUUCCUAUGACAGGUACAGAUCCAGUUCAGCCUCCUGAAGCUUCAUUUGACUUGUCAACUGAUGGGAAACCCACUAUGGUCAAAGGUGAUCAGGGCAACACAGUACCAAAUGUCAAUCUCUCAGCCAGCCAAGCAGCUGGCCAAUCUGAAAAUAAUGCAGUUAAAGCACCGCUCUCUGAAGAUUUAAUAUCACCAUUUUAUCAAAAGAGCCUCGGAGGAACAUCAACUGAAGAAAAAUCGAACCAGAAAACUGAAAGGUCCAACACUAGUAGAUCAUCUAAAGAAGACACCAUUGUUGAAGCCAGGGGAACCACAGACUCAAACAUCUCAACAUCUGGAGAUAUUCCGCCCUCACCACUCAAGGAAAGCACACAGGCAGCUGAAGGAUCCAGAGACCAACGACCGGCCGACCAAGAUUUCUUUGAAUCAACACUGGACGAUGAAAAACAAUUUGAAGAAACCGAGGCACGAGUCAUUGGACCCGACGAGCUGUACGAGACGAAUCUCCAGAAAAGUAUGAAUCGGAGCAACAAUGUACCAUCUCAAAUGGAUGCUUUGGAACAACCCGAAGAACGUGUCCCUGCGGUUCAGCCACGGAGCAAUGACACAAACACUGGUUCCGAACAAACUAAAGAAGCACCAGGUAGGAUCCCGGAAGACAAGAAAUCUGACAGCAGCUCGAGAACUUCUGAAGAAUCCGAGGAACAAGUACAGACUGAAGGAAAAAAUCGAGGUGGUGAAACCAAGGCACCAGCCUCUAGAACUGAACUGCCUGAAGAAAGAGAUCUCCCAUCAAGAAAUGAGGGUGUCAGUAGUAAAUCUCAGACAGAAACCCCGUACAAACUGGAUGAACAAACUUCCUCUAGCAUUCAGAACAGGGACACAAACUCCAGCAAAUUGGGUGGCUCGACCGAUGGCACGAGGUCUGCCGAUACGGAUGAUAAUCCUCCAUCCCCAUGAAAUUCAGUCAACCGACGCAUGAUACUGGAGUGUAGUACUGAAUAAAUAUGAACGAGAAGUCUGUUUGGAGACUCAAAGUUUCUCACGUGUUCAUUCGUUGCUUUUCUUUUUCUGGUAAUAAUAAGGCCCAUUCUGUUCUCGUCCUUGGAGGAUGCCAUUUUCAUGUACUUUAUCCGUUCUUUUUGUUGAGCACGGUGGCUUACUCGUUCGUGAAAGUAAUUGUAUUAUGUCUGAAUAUUAAUACAGAAACUGCAACGGCAGUGCUGCUCUUUUCAACCAACUUCUGUUGUGAAUAAUCUAAUUACCUGUUGGUCA